AUGGAUGCCAGAGACAAGCAAGUGCUCCGCUCACUGCGUCUGGAGCUGGGUGCAGAGGUCUUGGUGGAGGGGCUGGUUCUGCAGUACCUCUACCAGGAAGGCGUUUUGACAGAAAACCAUGUUCAAGAAAUCAAAGCCCAAACCACAGGCCUCCGGAAAACAAUGCUGCUGUUGGAUAUCCUGCCUUCCAGGGGCCCCAAAGCGUUUGAUACCUUCCUAGAUUCCCUCCAGGAAUUUCCCUGGGUACGAGAGAAGCUGGAGAAGGCAAGAGACGAAGCCACAACUGAGCAGCCCACAGGUGACUGGAUGGCUGGAAUCCCUUCACACAUCCUCAACAGCUCCCCAUCAGACCGGCAGAUUAACCAGCUGGCCCAGAAGCUAGGCCCGGAGUGGGAGCCCAUGGUGCUGUCUCUGGGCCUGUCCCAGACCGACAUCUACCGCUGCAAGGCCAACCAUCCCCACAACGUGCAGUCACAAGUGGUAGAGGCGUUUGUCCGCUGGCGCCAGCGCUACGGGAAGCAGGCCACCUUCCUAAGUUUGCACCGGGGCCUCCGGGCUGUGGAGGCUGACCCCUCGCUGCUCCAGCACAUGCUGGAGUGAACCCAACCCUGCCAUUGGCUGGGGCAUGGGUCCCCAGUCACACAGGCCGAACGGGACUUCACCCAGCAAGUGGCUUUUCCUGGGUUAGUUUUUGGUUUCUUUUUUCUUUUCUUUUCUUUCCUUUUCUUUUCUGUGAGCCCUUAGUGGAAGGGAGAUCACCUGAAUUCUACUGGCUCGAUAAUUGCAAUGGCUUUAAUUGCUCGAAGAUUGCAUUGUUGUAACUGCACUUUUGAGCUGUGUGGUUGCCUUUUAACAGAAGAGAAGAAAACACAACAAAAGACCAUGCUACCACAUUGUAUGCGGGUGUCCUACAUACAAAGCAUUUACGUUGCCUGGAAACUGGACUGUGGACUUAGCUCUUCAUAAUGACGAUGAUAAUAAACAGUGAAUUGUGUUAUAGAA